AUGCUUAUGCACCCACGUAAGGGUCUCAUCACCGAUCCGGCAUACUUCUCCAACCCACAAGACAUCAUCAUACAAGACGACCAGUUCCCACCCGACUUUCUACCUGACUACCAAACCCACUGCUUCCAGAAGCAGUCUUUCCAGAGCCAGCCGGACGUCCAGGUUGCGUCUCCGCCGUCUUCCGCCGCAUCGUCACCGUCUUUCUCCCCGACUUUCUCGAUUCCUUAUCAAGCGACGGCGGAGGGGGCCCCAUCUAUGACCCCCGCUCCCUCAUACAACCCGUCUCUCGACAUUCAGUCCUCGUCGCCCGCCUCGCAGCAGUAUUACCCCCAGUACUACUCAUCAACGCCCAUGUUAGCUCAGCAACCCAUCGCCAGCAACCAGGGUUGGGACAGCAACUUGCAACUGCUGAGCCCUGCGCGCAUCUACGCCGGCGUGCAGAAGAAGACCUCUCCCAGCUCCAACUCAUCCCGCUCGGCACCGUCGUCGGUCCACUCACACUCUCCUGCCAACGGUCACGCCCAUCGGCGCUCUCUCAGCUCCUCGAAGCCGCUGCCGACACCGGACCAGACUCCCGUGCAGAAUAACUUCCUUGCCGCGCCCUUCCAGAACUACGACCUCUCCUACCAAGAUGGCAACAAUGCAGAGGCUGAGUUUGCUAUGAGAAAGGCUAUUCUGGAGCAGCAACAGAAGCAACAGCAACAACAGCAGCAGCAACAACCACAGCAGCAGCGGUCUUCGCCGCAGCAGCAGCAGAACAGCGACUACUCACUGGCCCCGUCAGUAUCAACCCUGAGCCGUAACUCCCCAGUGACGCCACAGACCAGCUUGGAUGAGAUUGACGACCUUUCCAAGUCGAUGACCAAUGGUAUGAAUUCUGACGUUGACCGGUGGAUGGACGAUUACUUACAAUUUGAAGAUUACAACGUCAAUGGUAACAUGCCAGUUGGAAUCCCCAAGCUGAACCGAACCAUCUCCGAUAUCUACCAAGACGAGCUCUACAACCCGACCGCCCUCAUGGCUACCUCUCAGAUGUCCAAGCCGGCGGGCCAGCAGAACCUCCUCAACCCGUACCGCAAUGUCUUCGCCGACCGACUCCAGGCGGCAAAUCAGGGCCACAUGUCCGCCCAAGCGCAACCGCGCGAGCGCUCACCCUUCCGCGCGAGUUCGCCAUUUGCCGGUGACAUGAGUCUCCAGCAGUCUCAGAUGGCCACCAGCAACCCCAUGACGCAGAGUGUGAGCAUGGGUCCAACGCCCUCGGCCACGACCGAGCCCAAGACCAUGUCCCCCAAGGAUGCGCUCUUGGAUCUGCACCAGGAGGAUGACACGACCAUGCCGCCUCUCUUCCCUCCGACCCAGUCUGAUUUCAACCUGGGUGACACGCUCGGCCUGCGUCGCGAAAGCUCGUCUUCGAUGCGCCCGCAGCAGAACUUCACGUCCAUGGAGGCCUUCCCCAGCCAGUACACGACCAUGGCGCCGACAAUGCAGCAGCCCGCGUUCAACUUUGUCCAACCGCAGGUUCAACGCCCGCAUCGCAACAGUCUGCUGCAAGACUUCCCCUCCUCGAUUACGCGCUUCGAGUCUUCUGGCAGCAGCGAUUUGCACCCUACAAACGAACUCUCGCCUGUCAAGAUGAUGCCCGAGGGGCUUACCCGUCCGGAGAACACCUCGUCCGAUGCGGGAACCUACACCUGCACCUACCACGGCUGUUCGCUGCGCUUCGAGACCCCCGCCAAGCUUCAGCGACACAAGCGCGAUGCGCACCGGCAAACUACGCCCGGCGGCCACCUGAUCAGCCGGGAUACGGCGUCGCUCCGCAACUCGCAGGCGGGACCUCACAAAUGCGAGCGGAUGAAUCCGUCUACGGGCAAGCCGUGCAACUCGGUCUUUUCACGACCCUACGAUCUUACGCGCCACGAGGACACCAUCCACAACGCCCGCAAGCUCAAGGUGCGCUGCCAUCUGUGCACGGAAGAGAAGACCUUCUCGCGGAACGAUGCUCUGACGCGGCACAUGCGGGUGGUGCACCCGGAAAUCGAUUGGCCGGGCAAGCAGCGAAGGAGUCGCCGAGACUGA